AUGGAAGCAGGCUACCAUUCCAACUUUUUCCUGGUCACUUUCCAUCUCGAGAGCACUGACGCCGGUGCCGAGAGCGGCGUGCCGGAGCAUUGCCGUCCGCUCCGACAGCAAGUCAGCUGGACCAUGGAGCGCGUCGACCAGGACUGGCUCCUCAGCGAGCAGGGGCAGGGACAUCCGUACGUCAUCGUGACAGGAAACAGCAUCAACGGCGGCUACGAGGACUACAUGCGUGUCGCCCAUACCAGCGAGCGACACAAUGAGGGCGACGGCAGUUGCGCCGACAAUGACUCGCACGUCGCGCGCUUCCUCGCUCACGACCCGGACCGCCUGGCGCUGUCCUUUUUCGGUCACCACAGGCACUACACCUUUGACAGCAGCGGCAAGGAGAAGCAGAAUGACGAAACCGUGGCGGUGGACAAUGAACGCGUCGCCGGGUGCAUGGACCGUGCGUUUCCAGGGCUGGCCGCGUGCUGGGCUGCCUCGCAUGGAGAAGCGGACGAGGUUGGGACGGCGGGUGACUCUCUGCGCAUGUUUGCAUGGCAGCACUGCUUUGCCGAGACCAAGGGCCGAAUUGCGAGGUUAGUGUAUGAGGCCAACAACACGCUACCCAUUUCUGCGCCGCUGGGCCGACUUGGAGCCAUGUCGAGAUAG